CAACUCUGUCUGAUUGUAAGCAGACGACAUACACACUGACUAAGAGAUCUUACGAACAGUUCACAGUGUGUAUAGCAUUCUCACCUUACAGCAUCAAAGCGUAGAUUUAAUUUGAUCGAUCAAGAUUUUAUUUAUCAUAUAAAAUGCCGACUUUAGGAUACUGGAAAAUUCGAGGGCUGGCGGCUCCUAUUCGUCUUCUUCUGACGUAUGCGGGGGAGGAGUUCGAAGACGUCCAAUAUGAAAGCGGAGACGGACCGGAAUUCAGCCGUGCAGCGUGGUUGGACGUAAAGCCCUCAUUUGCCGACACCUUUUCAUUUCCGAACCUGCCCUACUACAUCGAUGGAGAUGUAAAGAUCACCCAGAGCAACGCCAUUCUUCGCACGAUCGCCCGCAAACACAACCUGGACGGGGAGAGUGUGCAGGAGAAAGCGGAAGUAGACAUGAUGCUGGACCAGGCUAUGGACCUCAGGAACGGCGUGGUGCGCCUCUGUUACAACCCCGACUAUGAAAAACUGAAGGACGAUUAUUUUAAGAACAUCCAAGGAUCGCUGCAGCUGUUUGAAAAGCGUCUGAACGGCAGAAACUGGUUCGGGGGAAACAAGGUCACAGUCGCAGAUUUCCCUAUGUAUGAGCUUCUAGACCAGCACAUUCGUAUGAAGUCAGACAGUCUGGACCCUUACCCGAGGCUGAGAGAUUUCCUGGUCCGCUUUGCUCAGCUGCCGAAGGUGAAGGAGUACCUAGCGAAGGAUAGCGUGAAAAAUCUGCUAAUCAACGGAAAAAUGGCUGCCUUCAAGUGAACAGCCAAUCAGUGUUAAGCAUCAAAUUUAAGUGACCAAUCGGUGAUCGCAUUCCAUAUAUGUGGCAGUGGCUGGGAAAAUGGGUAUUAUGGUUCAAAAAUCACAUUUUCAGGUUUUUACAUAUUUUAUUUCCGCUAAUUUUUAGAAACAAAAUGCAAAAAAUAGGUUGCUAUCAUUGUUAGUUUUCGAUAUAUUUAAAUAAACGUAAGGCCACUGUUUGGUGAUAAAUGACUCAUUUCCUACAAAUCCGAAAAAUGUGUCAUAAGUCAUGUGUUCGCUAUAAUGAACGUUUUCAAUUUGUUUUCCAUGUUAAGUAUUCCUUAUCAUAAUUUCGGUGGGAAAAGAUGAUAAUAAAUAUUAAAAGAUA